UACAUCAAGAUAUUUAUGGAGCAGGUGCCUGGAGGAAGCCUUUCUGCUCUUUUGAGAUCCAAAUGGGGACCAAUGAAAGAGCCUACCAUUAAGUUUUACACCAAACAGAUCCUGGAAGGCCUUAAAUAUCUUCAUGAAAACCAGAUUGUGCACAGAGACAUAAAGGGUGAUAAUGUUCUGGUGAACACCUACAGCGGAGUGGUAAAGAUCUCUGAUUUUGGAACCUCCAAACGUCUUGCGGGAGUGAAUCCCUGUACAGAGACUUUCGCAGGUACUCUGCAGUACAUGGCGCCUGAGAUUAUCGAUCAAGGACCUCGUGGAUACGGUGCCCCAGCUGAUAUCUGGUCCUUGGGCUGUACCAUCAUCGAGAUGGCCACCAGCAGACCUCCAUUUCAUGAGCUUGGCGAGCCGCAGGCAGCAAUGUUCAAAGUAGGGAUGUUUAAGAUCCACCCUGAGAUCCCAGAAGCCCUUUCAGCUGAAGCCAGAGCCUUCAUUUUAUCCUGUUUUGAGCCUGACCCUCACAAACGUGUCACUGCCAUUGACCUACUCAGAGAGGGUUUCUUAAGACAUGUGAACAAGGGCAAGAAGAACCGAAUUGCCUUCAAGCCCCCAGAGAGUUCCCGGGGCACUGUCCUGGCCCUGCCUGUGCCAGGGGAACCCAUGUGCAGCAGCAGCAGCGAGCAUGGCUCCAUCUCCCCAGACUCAGACGCCCAGUCCGACACGUUCUUUGAGAAGGCCCGGACACCCAGGCACCAGCUCACCCACCUUCUCAGUGUUCCGGAUGAGAGCUCUGCCUCGGAAGAUCGGAGCUCAGCCUCUUCCCCGGAGGACAGGGACUCAGGCCUCUUCCUGCUGCGCAAGGACAGCGAACGCCGUGCCAUCCUGUACAAAAUCCUCUGGGAGGAGCAGAACCAGGUGGCUUCCAACCUGCAGGAGUGCGUGGUCCAGAGUUCAGAAGAGCUGCAUCUCUCAGUUGUCCACAUCAAGCAAAUCAUUGGGAUCCUGAGGGACUUCAUCCGCUCCCCAGAGCAUAGGGUGAUGGCAUCCACCAUAUCACGGCUAAAAGUGGACCUGGACUUCGACAUCUCAUCCAUCAAUCAGAUUCACCUGGUACUGUUUGGAUUUCAGGAUGCUGUAAAUAAAAUUUUGAGAAACCACUUAAUUAGGCCCCACUGGAUGUUUGCCAUGGACAACAUCAUUCGCCGAGCGGUACAGGCCGCAGUCACCAUUCUUAUCCCAGAGCUCCAAGCCCACUUUGAGCCUGCCUCUGAGAUCGAAGGGGUAGAUAAGGACAUGGAUGGAGUGGAAGAGGACUGUCCUCCAGCAGACCUGCCUGGCAGCGAGGCGCAUGACCCAUAUGGAGGGAACAAACCUGGUUCGGUGGUCAUACAGGAGACUCCGUCCCACCAGCUCCAUCAGCAGCACCUGAGCCUCCAGCUGGGCAAGCUCAGGCAGGAGACCAACAGACUUUUGGAACACCUAGUUCAAAAAGAAAGAGAAUACCAGAAUCUUCUACGGCAAACUCUAGAACAGAAAACUCAAGAACUGUAUCACCUUCAGUUGCAAUUCAAAUCUAAUGGUGACAAAUUUUUAAUCAUUACAGAUAGGACAACACCCCCUCAUGGGCAGAGAACAGAUCAAGAGCUGAUAGACUGGUUGCAACUGCAAGGGGCAGAUGCAAAUACAAUUGAAAAGAUUGUUGAAGAGGGCUAUACACUUGCUGACAUCCUUAAUGAUAUCACUAAGGAAGAUCUAAGAUACCUUAGACUACGCGGUGGUCUCCUCUGUAGGCUCUGGAAUGCUGUCUCCCAGUACAGAAGAAGGGCUCAGGAGUCCUCAGCAACCAAAGAUUAGGCUUAAUAACAAUCCGCUAA